GGUUCGUUCGUGCCUCUGUAUUCGGAGUGCGUUUGAAGCAUCUUUAUCGCGCACCAGUCUACGUGCGUACAUUUUCAUUCUACCUGGACAGGGUUGUUAUUGAGUUAACAAACAUUCUGGAAACAUGAGUAUUGAGUGGAACCGUAGACAAAUUCAGCAAGUCGUAGAACUGUACAGAGAAAAGCGGGAACUGUGGGAUCAUGCAGAUGAUAAUUAUCAUACAAAAAGCAAGAAAAAUGACGCUUGGCUGUGGAUCGCAAAUGGUAUGGGCUGCAAAGUCGAUGAAGUGAAGAAGAAGAUGGCCUCCUUAUUGUCUUCGUACAGAAGAGAAAGAAUGAAAAUGAAAAAGUCUAUGUACUCUGGAAGAGGACGGGCUAGUACUUGGUUUGCUUUCAAGUACUUCACAUUCCUGAAAGAAAAAUACGCACCUACACGUAUCAUGAAGACAGAAAUCAUUUCUGAUGAUGAAGAAAACCUCCAAGAUUCUUCACAAAAUGUUUUUGGAGAAGCAUCAAGUAUAGAUCACACUUCUCGUGAGGAAUUUGCCACAUGUGCUGCCACUAAUGAAGAAGGAAGGUCGCGCAAACGAAAAGUUUCCCAGUCUGCUAAACAACAGAAUAUGAAAAGCAAGAAAAAAGAAGAACCAAGGCCCAUGCAAGCGUACAGUACUGUGGAUAGUGUGGGAAAUAUUCAUUACGAUGAAUGCUCUACUUUUGGCGAACAUAUUACAACAAAGCUUCGAAAAUUUGAUGAGAGACGAAGAACAAUAUUAAUGCAUAAGAUAAAUAAUUUGAUCUUCGAGGAAGAGAUGUGCCUGUACUCACAGCAACAUACAUCAGAUCCUGCAUCUUUUUCUCUCACUGUCUCUCCUCAUUGUAGUCCUGAUCCACCACAGUUCUAACAGAUUUCAUGCCAUUCAUAGUUAAUUAUUCAACCUCUUCACACUAUUCAUCCUCAAGCUCAUUCGUCUACUGUUUUUCAUAGUCAGCAAUGUCAUGCAAAAUUACAUCAUAUUUAACUCGCCAAACAAUCACAACCAAAUCUAUUCAUUCACUUCAACAAUUGCAACCACUAGAUACAACUGAAUCCAUAAUUGUAACGUGCUGUUUAAAUAGUUUUGUACCUUAAGUGUGUUUUGUCUGCACUAAUGUGUUAAAACUGUCCAUUGAUUGUUGAAUAUUUCAGUAACUACCCAGUAUUUUUAGUAAAGGUGACGAAUGUAAGUUUUUUGUGUUAGUAUGAGUGUAAUCUGAGGUAUUCUUAUUAUGAAAAUUUGUGUAACAUGUAACAGAAUCAAACCUACGAAAUACGUUUGUAAAUAUUCGAGAGGAAGUGAAUCGAAUUGGUAAGGCAAACAAAUUCAUGGCCUAUCUUCCAGCUGUCUUCUAUUUUCUGUUUUCUAUUAUCUUCUGUCGAUACAUACAUAAACUGUCCUGUGCCACACUGUUGCCUGUAUGUCAAAGCUAAGCUCAGAAACUUCUUAGGGAUUUUGAUCCAGUUUUGAUUAAUAGACUGUUACAGGUUUGUGUAUAUAAUUUAUAAAUAACUGUUCCACACCGCUGUUAAAACGAUGCCAUUGCCUGCUAAUGGUACAGGUACUGCAAUUCCAGAGAGCAGGGAAGCCUGACCAAAAUCUCUGUUGGGCCUGGUGAUGUCAUGGUAAAGUAAAAGGUCGUGGCAGCAAAUUGCAGGCUGACCACUGAUGUUUAUCUCAGCUCUUUAACAUUGAAUUCACCUCUCAAUGAUGUGGAGAUUCGUCAGAAACAAAACGUUUGCAUUCCACAUUAAAAUGGGUGGAUAACUGGGUAGGGACAUACAGGACACCAAAGUGACAUCCACUUGAAAGACUUGCACCAGGCUAUUCAACAAGAUAAAAUGAUUACUAGCACAAGCUGUACAUUUAUUAUACAUAGUGUAUAUUCACCUUCAAUACAUCUUAUGAAUUAACAUCCCCUGCUGCCUCUUUCUGCCUGUAUGUGAAGGCUACUCUCAGCAACUACUGCAGUGUGUUGACACUUGCACUGGACUGGAUCUUUCAGCAAGUUCUCAUAAGGCAUGAAUACUACCUGUUCGAUAUUUAAAUGUGGUUCAAAUGGCUCUGAGCACUAUGCGACUUAACUUCUGAGGUCAUCAGUCGCCUAGAACUUAGAACUAAUUAAACCUAACUAACCUAAGGACAUCACACACAUCCAUGCCCGA